AAAAAAGUCGUGUGUUACGAGAACUCAUGCUUUUUAUUAAAAGGUCAAUAAAUUGUAUCGGUUGAAAAUUUUAUAAAAGGUUUUCCAGAGUCUGGCUUUUAAUCUUUUCACAAAAUGAUGCAGCUACGAUCAUUGUGUGGUUACUACCGCUGUUCUGUACGCCAGAUAUACACCACAAUUACAGUACGGAAUGCAGAAGCCGCAGUUGCGUCUGCCGGCGAUAAACUUACAGUCCCAGUUCCAGAAGGUAGUGAUAAACCAGCGAACCCGAAGCUGGUGUCUAUCGUGGAUAACAUUGCUGCACUGAACCUAUUGGAAGUUUCCGAACUCAGUGGCCUGCUUAAGAAACGGCUUAAUCUUCCCGAUGCUGCCCUGAUGCCGGCUGGUUUCGGAGCGGGAUUUGCACCGGCAGCCACUGGUCCUGCUGCGGAUGAGGAAGAAGCCGCCCCGAAGGUCGUUAAAACUCUUUUCAAAGUAAAAUUAGUUAAAUUCGACGAUAAGCAGAAAGUAGCUCUAAUCAAAGAAGUGAAAAAUCUGUUGGACGGAAUGAAUUUGGUACAAGCAAAGAAAUUUGUAGAGAGUGCUCCCACUAUGGUAAAGGAAGAUAUUUCCAAGGAAGAAGCAGAAAAACUGAAAGAAGCCUUUACUAAAGUCGGUGCCGUUAUCGAGAUAGAGUAAGAGUAUAUUUUUGAUUUCUUUAAAAUUAGUAUAAAUAAAGACUUAUUGU